AUGCUUGGAAGGAAUUUCCCGUACUUCAACUCUGUCGGCGGGUUUUAUUCACGUGAAAACUCGAGGAGACAACCUGGAACUGGAUAUACCAGCAAGGUCCGUGUUCGGGACAAAUACCACAUCGUCGGCUUUAUCAGCAGUGGUACUUAUGGUCGAGUAUACAAAGCUGUUGGCCGAAAUGGCCAGGGUGGGGAAUUUGCCAUCAAGAAGUCAGAAUCCCGAUUCAAACCCGAUAAAGAAGGUGAUAUCAUUCAGUAUACUGGCCUCUCGCAGUCUGCUAUCCGAGAAAUGGCGCUUUGUUCCGAACUUGACCAUGCCAACGUAGUGCAGCUCGCCGAGAUCAUCUUAGAAGACAAGUGCAUCUUUAUGCUUCUUAACGGCUUACUAUACCUGCACACGAACUGGGUUUUGCAUCGAGACCUGAAACCAGCAAAUAUUCUGGUAACGUCCAGUGGCGCAAUUCGCAUAGGAGACCUAGGCCUCGCGCGUCUUUUCUACAAGCCUCUCAAUUCGCUCUUUUCCGGCGAUAAGGUCGUCGUUACCAUUUGGUAUCGUGCCCCAGAACUUCUCAUGGGCAGUCGGCAUUACACCCCUGCUGUGGAUCUAUGGGCUGUUGGUUGCAUAUUCGCGGAAUUGCUCUCGCUUCGUCCAAUAUUCAAAGGUGAAGAAGCCAAGAUGGACAGCAAGAAGACAGUUCCGUUUCAGCGCAACCAAAUGAUGAAAAUUAUCGAUAUAAUGGGGCUACCUCACAGAGAUAACUGGCCUGGCAUCGUCCACAUGCCAGAAUAUUCUCAGCUUCAAUCUCUGGCAAUGUCCCGCGCCCCAAACCAUAUUAGCCGAACCUCGAAUCUUGGAAGCUGGUACCAGAAUUGCUUGAAAAACGGCGGGUACUCUGUCAACUCCAGCGUUGGCACCCCUGGCGAUGACGGCUUCGACCUCCUUUCCCGAUUGCUGGAUUACGAUCCAACCUCACGGAUAACAGCAAAGGAAGCCCUGGAACAUCCAUAUUUCAAGAAUGGCGGGCCGAUCUCGGCCAAUUGCUUUGAGGGAUUCGAGGGCAAAUACCCCCACCGGCGCAUUACCCACGACGACAAUGAUAUCCGCAGUGGGAGUCUUCCGGGAACUAAACGGAGUGGGCUACCUGACGAUAGCUUGAUGAGCCGUGCGGCAAAGCGAAUGAAGGAGUGA